UACAACUUGUCUACAAUAAUCCAGAAAACGAAGUUUGUAUGGCACAUAAUACUACUAUCCUCUCUCUCUCUCUCUCUCUCUAGACAAGAACUAGCAGGGUGUUAAAAGCAAAGCAGGAGGCCAAUCAGGCAAUGCGCUUAGAGUGAGAAAGAAGAAGAUGGAGAAGAUAGAGCAUAAAACAGUAAGAGUGAAUGGCAUAAACAUGCACGUAGCAGAGAUAGGUGAAGGCCCAGCAGUGCUGUUUGUUCAUGGUUUCCCGGAGCUCUGGUACACAUGGCGUCACCAGAUGCUCUCCCUAUCCUCCCAAGGCUACCGCACAAUCGCCCCGGAUCUCCGCGGUUACGGGGAAUCUGAAGCGCCGCCUUCCCCAACAAGUUACACUGCCCUCCACAUUGUUGGCGACUUAGUUGGCCUGUUGGAUGCUCUGGGCUUGGAUCAAGUCUUCCUAGUAGGCCAUGAUUGGGGGGCUAUUAUUUGUUGGUACUUCUGCUUGUUCCGGCCCGAUCGUAUCAAGGCCCUGGUCAACAUGAGUGUUGCGUUUCGGCCUAGGCAUCCUUCUAUAAAGCCCGUAGAAGCAAUGCGAGCUAUGAUGGGUGAUGGAUACUAUGUCUGCAGGUUUCAGGAACCUGGGGAGACAGAGAAAGACUUUGCACAGAUUGAUACAACGAUACUGAUGAAAGCACUACUUUCAAGCCGCAAUCCAAGCCCACCUUGUGCUCCUAAAGAUAAAGGAUUCACGGACUAUAUGCAGGCUCCAUCCACGUUGCCCUCAUGGUUGACUGAGGAAGACAUAGAUUAUUUUGCCACCAAUUAUAGGCACAAAGGUUUCACUGGAGGACUCAGCUACUACCGCGCACUAGACCUGACCUGGGAGCUCACAGCAGCUUGGACAGGAGCACAGAUAAAAGUGCCAGUGAAAUUUAUUGUAGGGGACUUGGAUACAACUUAUAACACCCCCGGUGCCAAGGAAUAUAUACACGAAGGUGGUUUCAAGAAAGACGUCCCACUUCUGGAAGAAGUGGUGGUGAUGGAAGGAGUAGCUCACUUUAUCAACCAAGAAAAGCCAGAGGAAAUCAGUGCUCAUAUAUAUGAGUUCAUUCAGAAGUUCGGAAACUAACAGCCAAUAGUUCUCUCUUGGUGGCAUGUCCUUGGAAGCUAAUAAGAAAUAUUCUCCAAGAAAUAAGAAGCUAAAGACUCAAUGAACAAUGUGCUCACUAAGGGAUGGCCAUAGGGUAGCUCGUGGUGAUAUAAUAUUGAUCAGUAUUUCUUUUCAGAAUGCUGUAACUUCUUUUUUAAUCCAAAUUUCCUCUAUUUCUUCAA